AUGGCCGUUGUCGACGUUCACGCAGAAGGAUUCAUCCACGCCGGCUUUACCAUUUCCAAUCCCGUCAUCGACAAAGACGGCGACGCCAAGAUCAUUGACUUUCAACAGACGGGGAUGCCCAGAGGGGUAGGAACCAAGGAACCUCCCGAGGUUGUCGAUCGCCCGACCUGGAGGCCCAACAUGUUACUGUAA